GCGUGUCCUGCCUGCCUGCCCGCCCGCCAGCCCGUCCUGCAGCUCCCACCGUCGCAGCCGGAGGAGCAGGAGGACUGGAGCUAUAAAAGCGCUGGUCCGGCGCCGGCUCCGGCUCCAUUUACUGCCUCGCGCGGCGACCAGCCGAGAGCGAGCGAGCGAGUGAGCAAGAGAGUGAGUGAGCGAGCGCCGCAGGCGGGGGGCGGGCGGCGAACCUGGCCGGAGCUGAGGGCGCAGCGGUCGGGGCUGCCCAAUGCGUGCACAAUCUGCUGCUGUCGCCGCCGCCGCCGCUGCCGCUGCUGCUGCCCCCGCCGCUUCUCCGCAGCCGCCGCUGCCUCCGCUGCAGUUGCCGCCGCCUCCGCCGCUCCCCGAGCAAUAUGCUGGAGCCACAGAACAGCUAAACGGAGUUUCCCCACCGCUGCCUGGGCUGGAUUGCAGCGCUGUCGUUCCUUAUGAAGAAGACACAAACUUGGAUUAUCACUUGCAUUUAUCUUCAGCUGCUCCUAUUCAACCCUCUCGUCAAAACCAAAGGGAUCUGCGGGAAUCCUGUGACCGAUGAUGUGAAAGAGAUUACAACAUUGGUGGCAAAUCUUCCGAAUGACUAUUUGAUACCUCUUAACUAUGUCCCCGGGAUGGAACUGUUGAUCUCACAGGCAUGUGCAUUCCCUCCUAUGUUGCAGAUAGUAACUCUCUCCACACUUUAUGUUGCUACGACAUUACCACUUUGUUGUUCAGCGGCCAACCUUAUGGAGCCUAAUCAUUGUUGGUUACAUUUGAUGGUGCCUGAAUUGGCCAACAGCCUGAAUAACCUCUUGUACAAAUUUUCCAAAAUUUCCAGUAGUCUCAGUAAUUAUUCAAUCAUUGAUAAACUCAUAAAAAUCAUUGAUGACCUGAUGGGAUGCUUAGAAGAGAAAAAUAAGAAUUUCCGAAAGCAAAAUAACAACAUUUACCGAGAAGGCUCGUUCAUUCCCGAACAGUUUUUUAGCUUCUUUAAUAAAUCCAUCGAUGCCUUCAAGGAAUUUGAAGAAACAUCUGAGCAGAGCGCCUGCAUCCUGCCUUCAACAAUAGGGCCUGAGAAAGAUUUCAGGGUCAAUGUCACAAAACCAUUUUUGUUACCCCCCGUUGCAGCCAGCUCCCUUAGGAAUGACACCAGUAGCAGUAAUAGGAAGGCAUCAGGAUCUGCUAAAGACCCAAGUGUGCACUGGGUAGCCAUUGUAUUGCCAUCACUGUUUUCUCUCAUAAUUGGCUUUGUUCUGGGAGUCUUAUACUGGAAGAAAAAACAAAUGAGUCUUAAAAUGGAAGGUGAAAACAGAGAGAUUAGUGAAGAGGAUAAUGAGAUAAGUAUGUUGCAAGAAAAAGAGAGAGAGUUUCAAGAAGUGUAACUGUUGCUUGUAUCAACACUGUUACUUUUGCACAACGGGCGGGUAACAGUUUUAUGUUUGCUUCAUAAAUGAAGCAGCUUUAAGCAAAUUCAUAUUCUGUCUGGAGUGACAGACUGAGUCUCUGUCUGCACUUGCUACUCAUGACUCCAUAAUGAUGAUUCAGAAAUGGGGACAAAGUGUCUUACUGUGAAACCAGCGCUGAAUCAAUCAUCUGCAAAGAAGAAUAUGCAUGGAGCAGAACUCUAUUUUAAGAAUUUGGGGAUUUACCGUCUCAUUUAGAACUGGUAACUCAUGUCGGGAAAGGAACUGCGUUCCCUGGACUCCAUGUACCACCCGCAUGCCUCCAGCAACGUGUAGUUUACCAAACAUCCAUGUGUUCUAAUCCUUCAAUUGCCAUCUGCAUCCCAUAGUUUAACCUGGUCUGUAUAAAUGGCCUUGAGCUUGGAUUGUGGGGAUAAAAAAAUGAAAGAGAAGCAGAGUUUUAAAGACACUCUGGUAUAGGAAGAGGGGAAAUCUGAGAGAUGCAGACGGUUAGCAUGCUGGCCUUUAGUCUUACGGAAUCUAGGCUCAUGUUUUGGACGACAUGACGUGGAUCCGGUCUCUUUCUCUGCCUGAUGAAUACCAUAUCUAUCCAUCCCCCCCAAAAAAAAAGCCUACCGGAUAAUCUGACAUGGUUGGCUGUUCAUGGCUGUCCAUGCAGGGGAAGUCAAUACUGUAUUAGACUGGUGAUGUUGUUGCCACAUGGAGAAGCUCUGAAAGAGUUAAUAUAUGAAGAAGCGUUCAGCACUGAAUAUCAGAAGGGCCCACCUGAAGAAGAAGACAUUUGGUGCCCCUGGUGAUGUCUGCCUCUUUUGAUAACCACUAUGGUGUGUAUAGAUACGUUUCCAAAAUAUGUUAGAGCAUUUUAUAUACAUAUAUUCUAGAAACCUUUCACAGAGUUAUGUAAAGAGAGACUUAGGAGAAAUUGCUGAGUGUGUGGAGAUCCUACUUAAAACUGCAGCUGUGGGAGGGACAUGAGUAUGGCUUAGAAUAUUCAGUAUCUAAUAAGAGACAACCACAUACCUAAACAUUGGUAUCAAAAACCUUGGCCUUUGCAAAAGAGCAAGAAAUCUAGCAACUUUAGCCACUGGUAACAUAGUCUUCGUCAUGUUUGAAAUAUCCAUUUAUUUAAGAUCUGGCACUAUUCAUUAAGGGUAUAAUUCAGAGUUGUUGUUUUUCUUUUAAGCUUUAUUCAGUUUUGCAUGUUGGCUUAUUGUUUAAACACAUGACUGCCUAGGGCAUAUUUUGGAGAAACUUGGCAAGUGUUGCUGAAGGGCAAAGGAUCUGUGAUUUCAUCAGCACUGGGGAUUCUUAGAACCAAUCUGCAACCUACUAGAUAAAUCUAAGGGGUUGGUUCAAUGAGGUACAUGGAAUUUAGUGACUUGACCCACAGUCACACAGCUAGCAAGUGUCGGGGGGGUGGAAUUUGAACCUAGGUCUUUCUGAUUCCAGGCCUUGUACCAAAUCUACUACCAAGCUCCCUGUACUAGAGUCCUCCAUAAUAUGGACACUUAGUAAUUUUAAACUCAAAUUUAAAGUGUCUUGAGAAGCCUUUCUAAUGAUAUGUUCCAUCUUCUAAAGGCAGACAGUUCAUUAAAGCCAGUGAACAAUUAAUUCUUAGUUUUUUCUGCUGAGUAUUUGAGAGAGAGAGAGAGAGAGAGGGUGAGAGAGUGAGAGUUUGUGUAAGUAUGUGUGUGUGUGUGUGUGUGUGCACGCGCGCGCGUGUUUGUUUUAAUGUGCCAUAAAGCUACAAAUGGAGCCAAAAGUGUAUCCUUCCAAGCUGAAGAUUGGGGCAACAGUACAAUGAUGAAUUAUCUCCACAGACUGGCCAUUGACACACUGGCCUCUUGACCCAGAAAGGCAUGAAACAGUCAUUGUUCUCUUUCCUUUGUAUCGAAAUGUCAGAAAGUCUCCGUGGUAGUUGGAAUCUUCAGUUUGGACUAUACUGUAUGGACUGCCUGAUUCUCCAAGCUUUAGAAGACAAUUAAAUGCAUUUAACAGUAAAACAAUGCUGAGCAUAAUUGCUUGAUGCUGGUUAGCUGGACACAGGCUCUGACAUGCCUGCCUGUAGAGAGAAUGCAUAGCUUCAUUAUUAUAGUCCAGAGUUGACCAAAUAGAGAACAUUCAACAUUAUUGGAAUUGGCCAGCUGGCAUCUACGUCUAGGAAAGCACCUUGCGAUUUCCUGUUACGUUCCUAUCCCAUCAUUACAUUUCAGAGUUGCCUUUUGAAGUAGCUUCAGAAGGUCUGAAGAGCAUAAAUGACCCUUUAAAGCUUUGCACCUUGUUGUGAGAAACCUAGAUUGUGAAGAAGCCAGCCCCAUGGCUAAUGGUUCUUGGACAGUGAAAUCCAAAUGGUCCUGAAUAAUGGGUUACACAAGACCGUUUCACACUGCCAAACUCCAAUAUCAGAAACAUCUUAACUUCCCUUCAUUUCAUUAUUGAACUAGUCAAUGGUCAUGCCAUACUAGAAGGUAAAAUGUCAAUUUAAAAAAAGUUUCCUUUAGGUAAGAUUUAGAUUGUUUCUAGUAAAUCAGAGUGUUUUGGGGGAUUUUUGUGAUGCGUUUAUCAACUAGAUUCAAUUUGGUUUUAAAUCUAUAGGGGGAAGAAAACCUUCAUUCCACAUUCACAGCUGUCCCUAUGACAUAUUUCUCUAGUUAAGGUGUGUCAUCCACAUUUCUUCUUACUGGCACAUUUAUUAGUCCUUCCGCAUUUCUUUGUUUUCUACACAGAACAAGGAGAGAAAAACAGAGCUGACGAUUUCAAGUGUAGUAUUCCGUUCUGGGGUCUGGGUGUAUAAAAUGCUGACCUUCCAGAAUCAUUGUUGUUUUUAUUUAGAAUGUAAAUAGGGCUCAUUAGUCAAAGCAAGAUUCAGUUUUACCCAAGGUAAAUUGAAUAACUAUUUGCACAAGUGAUGGCUUUUCAUCUCUGCUUGAAUGAACAGUUUGGAACACCUCCUACAAAUACAUCAUGACAUUCAAGUACACUCUAGAUCCUGCAGUCAGAAAGAGUUGCUUUAAUGUAUGUUUAACAUUUGGAAACCCACCAAAUUAUGCAUUUCAAUAUCUUAAUUUUAUUAAAAGCUAAGGGCCUAAAAUGGAGGAUGUACAUAAAGUUCAAAAUGCCAGAAGAUAUUUUAAAAUCGAUUUGGGACAGACCAAUCUGUAAAUUACUUUUCUGGCCAUUUGUUAUUAUUUUUUUUUAUGGUGAAAUGAGAGGAGAAUUUUAUAGGUCAACUCAUCCUUAGUAUAAUUUUAGAAUAUGCCACCUUGAAAUUCCCCUUAGAAUCAAUCCAUCAAUCAACAAACACUUUUUAAGCACCUGUGUGCCAGGUACCACACAAGGUGUGAGGAAAAAAAAGAUGAGUUUUUAGUUUGAGAGCUCCAAGGAACAUUACUGUAAUGUUGAAUUACAUAUUCACUAGAAUUGGAAAUGCCUUUGUUCCAGGAGACAAAUAAGAGUACUUUAAUUUCAUACUGAGGGCUUUUUACAAACAAUUAUUCCUGUGAAAAUUCCAUUUCUGAGAUCCUGAAGUAUCAACUAAGGAAAAAUGCAUAUCUAUCUGUAUAUGUAUGUAGGUAUUUGUGUAUUUCUGAUGACUGUCACCAAGUACAUACAUACUACAGUGGCUUUCUCUUUACAUUUUCAUCAUUAGUAUUUUAAUUACAGGAGCUGUUGAAUGGAAGAUCUAACAACACAGUGCCAUUUUCAUUUAUUUGACUCAAGAGCUGUAAGACUCACAAUAUCUCCCCAAUCAGAAAAUCCUAGUCUCCUACACUAUCAAACGCUAGUGUAGGAUUGCACACAUCUACUUGCCAUGAUUUUGCAAUGAGUGUGCUUGAAAAAAAGGACUCUGAUUCCUUUUCAAUGGAUGCACAGGUAUAUUUGCUGGUUCUGUUUUAGGUUGGAGUUCUAAUGUAAAUCGAUGUCAACACUACUUUGCAUAGUUUAUUAUGACUGAAGGUUAAUUAAAUCAAAGAGGUUUGUAAAAUGUGAUGUGUAUGUGUAUAUACCGUAUGCGUACUUUUUAAAAUAGGUGUAUGUCCCGACUCUUUUUUUUUAUACCAGUUUGAAUUUGAAAUUACAUUAUAUAUACAUAUACUUUAUUGUUCUAAAUAAAGAAUUUUAUGCACUAUUGUGA